GAUCCAACCCUGGCACCGAAUUUCACCUCCCCUGCAGCCAUGGCUGGGCUGGAGGGUCCUGCGGUGCAUGGCACAGCCCAGGGAUUUAGAGGGUUUUGUGUCUGGCAACGGGCGUGAGAUGCAGCUCGGCCCUCGUGCAAGCCUGGGCUUGCUGGGUGCCCUGGGCCCGGGCAGGAGGGGCUGAGCGCCUGCGGGAAUGGUGCUGUGGUGCACAAAAGGUGCUCAGAUGUAUUGAUAAGGCAAGGCUUCUGGUACUUUAAAUAGCUUUUAACCUGGUACCAUGAGCCAGGUCGUCUGGUUCAUGCUUCCUGGCGUCAGAGACUGAAAAUAUUGGGAAGUGUUGCCGACGCAUCUGGAGGGAUGGUGUCGCAAGCCAAGGCUGCCUCUAACCUUGGCAGCAGGGGAUUUUUUGCGAAGGAGGAAGCUCGUCAGAAAGCCCGAGCAGAGCCAGGAAAGUGCUGAGUUCAGAGAUUCGGUUUGUGUGGUCACGAUCGUCCCAGGGGCGCAUGCGGCUCCCACUGAGGAGGCGGCAGCUCAGGGAGAAACGAUGAGCGGUUGAGGACGGUGCCGGUCCGAAGGCACGUGGCGUCCCUGGGCGCUGAUACAGGGCAGGCGGCCGUGCUGGGGACGCUCCGGUGCCCAGUGACCUGACCCCGGAGGAGUGCCAGGAGCUGGAGAACAUCCGCCGCCGCAAGCAGGAGCUGCUGGCUGACAUACAGCGGCUGAAAGAUGAGAUAGCAGAAGUGACAAAUGAGAUCGAGAACCUGGGGUCCACGGAGGAGAGGAAGAACAUGCAGAGGAACAAGCAGGUGGCGAUGGGCAGGAAGAAGUUCAACAUGGAUCCCAAGAAGGGCAUCCAGUUCCUGAUCGAGAACGACCUGCUGAAGAACACAUGUGAGGAUAUCGCUCAGUUCCUUUACAAGGGAGAGGGCCUCAACAAGACAGCCAUCGGUGACUACCUGGGCGAGAGGGACGAGUUCAACAUCCAAGUGCUGCAUGCCUUCGUGGAGCUGCAUGAGUUCACUGACCUCAACCUCGUGCAGGCCCUGCGGCAGUUCCUGUGGAGCUUCCGGCUGCCCGGGGAGGCGCAGAAGAUCGACCGGAUGAUGGAGGCCUUUGCCCAGCGGUAUUGCCAGUGCAACCCCGGCGUCUUCCAGUCCACAGACACCUGCUACGUGCUCUCCUUCGCUAUCAUCAUGCUGAACACCAGCCUGCACAACCCCAAUGUCAAGGACAAACCCACAGCAGAGCGCUUCAUUGCCAUGAACCGUGGCAUCAACGAUGGGGGGGACCUACCUGAGGAGCUGCUCCGGAAUCUCUAUGAGAGCAUCAAGAAUGAACCCUUCAAAAUCCCCGAGGAUGACGGCAAUGACCUCACCCACACGUUCUUCAACCCCGACCGGGAGGGCUGGCUCCUGAAGCUCGGAGGAGGCAGGGUGAAGACGUGGAAGCGACGUUGGUUCAUCCUGACCGACAACUGCCUUUACUACUUCGAGUACACGACGGAUAAAGAGCCCCGUGGCAUCAUCCCCCUGGAGAACCUGAGCAUCCGCGAGGUGGAGGACUCGAAGAAGCCCAACUGCUUUGAGCUCUACAUCCCCGACAACAAGGACCAGGUGAUCAAGGCCUGCAAGACGGAGGCGGAUGGACGGGUGGUGGAGGGGAACCACACCGUGUACCGCAUCUCAGCCCCCACGCCCGAGGAGAAGGAGGAGUGGAUCAAGUGCAUCAAGGCAGCCAUCAGCCGGGACCCUUUCUACGAGAUGCUGGCCGCCAGGAAGAAGAAGGUGUCCUCCACCAAGAGACACUAGCCACCUCCGCUGGCCCCGCGAGGCCGGCGCGAGGCCGGCACGCCCCCGGCAGCCCCAGUAUCUCCCCUCCUGGAGGGCUGCAGGGCCGGGGCCGCACUGCAGCCUGGCCCUCAGGGCCCAGGACCCAGCUUCAGCUUCACAGUUUCUUUACCGUGGGGGAAGGGAGGGGGCAGAGGCAUCUCGGUGGCUCUGGCCCCCCCAUCACUGCCUCAUCUCCAGGACAGCGCCUUCAUGGGCUGGAGCUGGGACAGCGACACCCCUGCACGCAGGGACCCCCGUCCUGCCCCGGGCUUGGCUGCAGAUCGGGGACCGCCGCCUGUGUGUACCGUCCUCCCCUGCCGCCUCGGCCAGCUGGGGCACUGCGGGCACCCUCCCUGCUCCCAGUGCCCCCAGCAAGCGUGCAGCUGCACAUGGCGCUGGGUCCCCCGCAGCAUCCGUGUCCUGAAGCACUUGGGGUGUCCCGUCGUGAAGGAUGAAUGGCUGGCGGUUAAUGGCUGGCGGUUUUGGGGUGUGCUGCAGGUGCAGGGGUGAAGGGCGGCUGGGGGUGGCCCCGCAGAGCCCCGACUCUGGCCCUCGUUGUAGCGGGCCUGGGUCUGUCCUGGGCUCCCCCAUGCUGCCACCUUGGACCCUCCCGGCUGUUCCUGGGGACGGUCCCCACGGGCGCAGGGAGGGCUGAGGGGCAGGGACUUGUCACCGUCACCGUGUGCAGUGGUGCCACAUGGGGCACAGACACGUUCUCGCCCAGCCGUGGGGUGCUGGAGCUCGGAUGAGGGCCCCGGUCUGGUAGCACUGGGUGGCAUCGCCCCAGAACGUCCUUGCAGCACGACCCCCUCGGCAAGGAGCAGGGCAGGCCGUGCCGGGGUGGCCGUCGUCUCCUCGAGCACAAGCCCUCGCUCCGAGCCGGUGGUGGGACAUGCCCGGAGCCUGCACCAGGGCUGGCUGCUGUCGCGGGGGUCUGGCCAGGCCGGGGGCUGCAGUCCCCCGCCUCUGCCUUGCAAACGCCACGUCUUGUCCUGUUCCCCCGGCCACCGCGCACGGUCUGGAGAGAGGUGCCUGGAUCAGUAUUAGUCUAUUUAUCAGAGGUGUAAAUACUCCUGUAUAGUUUUCUCCUUUUAGAUUAUUUUGUAUGUCAGGUCGUUCUGUGCAGAGGCCUCUCCAGAGGGCGAGGGGUGGCAGCAUUUUUUAUUCUAACUUUUUUUUUUUUUUUUUUUUUUUGCCACGGCCUUGUGAACUAGUUCUGAGGAUCUGCAGCAAAUAAACACCGAACCGCGCUCA